CCUCACAGCCUUCCUAGCAUGUCGUCAUGGCAGCAGCACCAAUGGAGAAACCCCCAGGAGCCAGAUAUCGCGAGAGCACAGCCUCACGUUGGCGCCAAAAUCUGUUAGCGAAAGUGGGCCCAGCUGCUUGCCGCUGGAAAGCUGAUGAAGAGUCUCUUAGGAUCCAUCUCCCAUGAUUCAAGAAGUGUAACCUGCCCACUGAGAAUCUUCCCUGGACAGGAAUUUGCCAGCCAUGGGAUGGGGCCAUCUUGGAAGUGGAUCCUUCAGCCUUAGUCCAGCUGACAUCUAGUGGAGCAGAGAUGAAUUGUCCCCACCGGGCUCUGGCCAAAUGAUAGAUUGGUUGCUUCUGGAAUUGUGACCUUCACACUGCAGAAGCGCUCUGAGGUCUCCAAGAGCUGUGAUCACACCAGUGCAGGGCAUGUCCCUCAGGGAGAUAAGGAGCUGAGACACAGAGUAGUUGAGUGACUGGCCUGAUGUCACGGAGCAAAUAAGUGGCAGCACCAGAAUUCCAGCAGUGGUCCUCUGCAUCAGAGCCCAGAGCUCUCUUCCUUUAUCCAGAUCCUGCCAGCCAAAAACUGUGUAGACAAACAGCUGCAUCUGCUCCAUCUCAGGAUACAGAACAGCGAGUGUGAAAAGGCACAGUCCUCAGCAGAGAGCGUCACAGCACACAGACCCCUGGCUGGUCUCAUCUGUCUCCGUAACCUCAGAGCCUGCGCACGGUAGAUGCUCACAGAGUGGUUCUCCCACGGAUGGCAACGUCUCUCUGGCACCCAGAGUGCAGCCGCUGUCACGGUUACGUAUUUUCCUGAGGUCCAUUGCCAGAAUUUUAGGCUCUGUCUCUCUGUUGGUCCAUCCCCUCAUCAGCAAGAUUUCAUUGGUCCUGGAAAAGGCUCCCCAGAAGAUGCUCCUCUCUCUGACACAGUGCGGUGCUGGGGACUUCUCACGGUGGCUACAGGAGCACAACCAUAGAGAAAAAGGAGAUAUCGAUCCACAAGAGAUGGUUCCGAGCAGGAAGAACGUGGUUCUCGUGGAUGGAGUCAUACUGAAUGGCCCCACAACAGAUGCAAAAGCAGGAGAAAAAUUUGUGGAAGAUGCCUGUAGACUAAUAAUGGAAGAGGUGAUUUUGAAGGCUACAGACAUCAAUGAGAAGGUCUGUGAGUGGCGGCCUCCUGAAGAGCUGAAGCGGCUUCUCGACUUGGAGCUGAGGGACGCGGGAGAGCCGCACCACCGCCUGCUGCAGCGCUGCCAGGACGUCAUACGCUACAGCGUCAAGACCAACCAUCCAAGAUUUUUCAACCAGUUAUAUGCUGGACUUGAUUAUUACUCUUUGGUGGCCAGAUUUAUGACAGAAGCAUUAAACCCAAGUGUUUAUACGUAUGAGGUGUCUCCAGUGUUUCUAUUGGUGGAAGAAGCAGUUCUGAAGAAAAUGAUUGAAUUUAUUGGCUGGAAAGAAGGGGAUGGAAUAUUUAACCCAGGUGGUUCAGUGUCCAAUAUGUAUGCCAUGAAUUUAGCCAGAUACAAGUACUGUCCUGAUAUUAAGGAAAAGGGGCUGUCUGGCUUGCCAAGAUUAAUCCUUUUCACAUCUGCAGAGUGUCAUUACUCCAUGAAGAAGUCUGCUUCCUUUCUUGGGAUUGGUACUGAGAAUGUGUGCUUUGUGGAGACAGAUGGAAGAGGUAAGAUGAUACCUGAGGAGCUGGAGAAGCGCGUGCAGGAGGCCAAGAAAGAGGGCGCAGCUCCAUUCCUUGUGUGUGCCACGUCUGGUACCACUGUGCUGGGGGCCUUCGAUCCUCUGGAUGAGAUAGCGGACAUCUGCGAGAGGCACGGCCUCUGGCUCCAUGUAGACGCUUCUUGGGGUGGCUCAGCCUUGAUGUCCAGGAAGCACCGCAGGCUCCUGCAGGGUAUCCACAGAGCUGAUUCUGUGGCGUGGAACCCACACAAGAUGUUGAUGGCUGGGAUUCAGUGCUGCGCUUUCCUCGUCAAAGACAAAUCUGACCUUCUUAAGAGAUGCUACUCGGCCAAUGCAUCUUACCUCUUCCAGCAGGAUAAAUUUUAUGAUGUCAGCUAUGACACGGGUGACAAGUCCAUCCAAUGCAGCAGGAGACCAGAUGCAUUCAAGUUCUGGCUGGCCUGGAAGGCCCUGGGCACAUUAGGCCUUGAAGAAAGAGUUAACCGUGCUCUUGCUUUAUCUAGGUACCUAGUAGAAGAAAUCAAGAAAAGAGAAGGAUUCAAGUUACUGAUGGAACCUGAAUAUGCCAAUAUUUGCUUUUGGUACAUUCCACCGAGCCUCAGACAGAUGGAGGAAGGACCUGAGUUCUGGGCAAAACUUCAUUUGGUGGCCCCGGCCAUUAAGGAGCGGAUGAUGAAGAAGGGGAGCCUCAUGCUGGGCUACCAGCCACACCGGGGGAAGGUCAACUUCUUCCGGCAGGUGGUGAUCAGCCCUCAAGUCAGCCGGGAGGACAUGGACUUCCUGCUGGAUGAGAUAGACCUCCUGGGGAGGGACAUGUAGCUGUGGCUUUGGGUCCCCCAGAGGCGCGGGUCCUGCCCUACGGGUAAGGGUCCAGGGCAUCCGGGGACACACACACUGCAGCCCUUCUGGGGCGAGUAGGACACAUGCCACAUCCUUGCCCAGCAAAACCGAAAUGCUAAGCAAGUAGUGUUAAGUACUCUCUAGUUGCCAGGGGGCUACUGCUGCAAUAAAGGAGGUAGUGAGAGGUGGGUUUUCUCCCAGAUGACCCCUGGGACAGAGCCCCAAAGAGUUUAGUACCACAUGGGCUCUGGGCUCUUUGCUCUUGAAAGAGCAGCUGAAUUAGCGGGUGGAAGAAUGGUUUACAAGGUGUGACCCAGAGACCAGCAGCCCUGGAAUCCUGUUAGAAAUGCCUGGCCUCAGCCUUCCCCCAGACCCACUGAAUCAGAAUCCCUGGGGCAUGGGGGGAGCCGGGUGCUCUGAACUUCAUACAGCCUUCCAGGUGCUUCUUAGGCAAGGUAAAAUCUGAGAACCAGCAGUUUAACACAACUUUGAAUUAACUGAGUACUACUCACUCUGAUGUGUUUGCCUGCAAAGGGAUAUCUGAUACUUUGGUGGCUCUGAGAAUGCAGCUGUGGGCUCUUAGUACUAAUGUUUAGGGGCAUCAGAAGUAUAGAAAAGCUGUUUUUAAAAGAGAAACUAUAUAUAAGAUGUUUACUUUAUGAAAAGGUAUCUUUUAUGCAGGCUAAAUGUUUAUUCUCAAAAGUUAAAAUUAACCACUAUCUAUUAUAAAGUAUCUGAAUUAGAGCUAAGGAUAAAAGACAUAGACUUUUGUAGUGUAGCCUUUUAAUCAAAGCAACGUCCCUAAUUCAUUUCCCAAAAUCGUUCAUGUCAUUAAUUGGGAGUACAUGUUAGAUAUACGUGUCUCUAAUUAGAUGCCUCUUAGCUUGAGGGGCUCCUUUCUUAUCUUGAUCUCUGCUUGUAGGAAAUAACGAGAAUGAAGUCCAGGGUUAUAUGACAUUCCCUUUCUCAAGCUUUAAAAUGGCAGUGUAGACUAUUAAAGGGUUUAUAUUGGGCAGAGAAUCAGGGAAUUAGAGGUCUUUUGGGGCACACACCUCCGCCAUUUAUCCUGGGAGUGGAUAAUUGUAAUUCUGUCUCUAAUCCUGGUCCUAGAUCUCUAGCAGAAUUUCCUUUGACUAAGAAAUAAACAGAAUUCAGAGGUGUGGGAGUAGGGGUCAACAAGGUACAUUUAUGACUCUCAUUAGAGCUCCCCUCUGGAAGGCAAGUGAUGGAGAGUGUUCAGGUAUUAGACGGGAGCAGAGGUCGACAAGGCACAGUUACACCUUUGGUUAGAGCUCCGCUUUGGAAGGCAUGUGACUGAGUGUUCAGACAUUAGAGUUAGCAUGUUCAGUACCCAUCUUGUACGCCUUCACUAACCUGCACCAUUUAAAUUUUGAAGAGUUAAAAACCAGAUAUGCACUAUUUCCUUGUAUUCCAUAUUUUCAUUUUAGAGUGUGUGGUUUCUCAGUAUCUCCAUCGGUCAAAGAAUAUUUUACACUUUCUCUGAACUACUUUAAUCUGUGGUAUGUGUAUUGCAUCUCUUGUUACCUCUUUGUUUAAACAUCUCCCUAAAAUGUUCUGAAACUGAUGUUUGCAAUAAUUUGGGUUUAAUGAAAUAAAAAAGCAAUGUGAGCA